AUGGCCUACUAUGCACUAACCCGCAACUUCAACCCUCGCACCCAGUACCUAAUCUCAACCAACGAACAUCACGACGCCUAUGAUCCCACCACCAAGAAACCCGCUGUCUUCUUCGUCACCAUGAGCGGCAGGCUCGUCGCGACACGGCUGGCCACGCUUGCGCGCCGAACACCGCUCCUCACCCCACGCCUCUACACCACCAACACCCUCCCCGCCGGUGGCCUUCUACGCAACGAAGCCGGCCUUCGACUCAUCAAACGGCGACCAUGGCCUCUGGGCACCUACGCACUACAUAAUCUCCCUGCAACAAGAUCUAUAUCCUUUGUGCGAGUAAUACCAAAGCUUGUUACGAAGCUUGCAACCGCUGGCGCUGCUGCUGGUGGCGCAGUUCUUGCAGGCGUCUCAUAUAUACAGUACCAGGCUGGCCAGGCUGGAAAUUUUGCCGUCGAUUUAUUCCAUCGCACCAAAGAUGGCGCCUCUGAGCUUGCAGGCGGCGUCUUAGGCACGGCGAAUGGAUUCUUCGAACAACUGGAGCAAGGCUGGAAAACCACCAAAGACGAACUCGAACAGGUCCAAUAUCCCGAAUGGCUCCAAAAAUUGAUGGCCAAGGACGAGUCUGGCGGGGCGAAAGGUGGUGGCGGUGGCGGUAGAGGGCCAGAGGAGCCCAAGCACAGCGGUGCAGGAACAGCGGCUGCAGGUGCUUCCACAGCAGCAGCCUUUGGGUAUGCACAGGAGGACGAUGAAGACAAAUAUGAGGCGGAGAAGAUUGCGCGAGACGAGCAGAUGAUGAUGCUCACCAAGAAGAUGAUUGAGAUUCGAGGCCUACUACAAACUGUUGGCCAGUCGGACACGCUCACACUGCCUUCGAUUGUCGUGAUCGGGUCGCAGUCUUCAGGCAAGAGCUCUGUAUUGGAGGCUAUCGUUGGACAUGAGUUCCUGCCCAAGGGACACAACAUGGUCACCCGCCGGCCAAUCGAGCUUACGUUAGUGAACACGCCGGAUGCGAAGGCUGAAUAUGGAGAGUUUCCUGCACUUGGCCUUGGGAAGGUCACAGACUUUAGUCAGAUCCAGAAGACCUUGACAGACCUCAACCUCGCUGUGCCGGCUAGCGAUUGCGUAUCAGAUGACCCCAUCCAGCUCCGGAUAUACUCGCCCAAUGUUCCGGAUCUCUCUCUCAUCGAUCUGCCGGGGUAUAUCCAAGUGGCUGGCCGUGAUCAGCCGCCACAACUAAAAGAACGCAUCUCUGAGCUUUGCGAAAAAUACAUUCGGCCGCCGAAUCUCAUCCUUGCCAUCUCAGCAGCAGACGUAGAUCUGGCCAACAGCACAGCGCUCCGUGCAUCGAGAAGAAUGGAUCCUCGUGGUGAGCGGACAAUUGGUGUCAUAACCAAGAUGGACCUUGUCGACCCUGAGCGUGGGGCCAGUCUACUAAACGAUAAGAAGUACGCUCUAAGACUAGGAUACGUUGGUGUGGUCUGCCGCGUCCCUCCCAACGCCGGCGGCUCAAAGCUUUUCACCCGCGGCAACGGCAACAUCACCAGUGCCAUCGCUAAGAACGAGGCUGCAUACUUCUCGGCGCAUCCCGAGUUCUCAUCAGAAGGCCACCUUGAUGUCGGUACCCAGAAUCUCAAGAAGAAGCUCAUGCAUGUGCUCGAACAAACUAUGGCUGCCAGUUUGAAGACCACCAGCGAAGCCAUUCAGAGAGAACUCGAAGAAGCUCGAUACGAAUACAAAGUCCAAUACAACGAGCGUCCCAUUAGCGCCGAAUCCUAUCUCGCCGAAUCUCUCGACAGCUUCAAACACUCCUUCCGUAGCUUCACCGAACAAUUUGGCCGUCAGCAAGUUCGCGAACUACUAAAACACGAACUUGAUCAGCAAGUCCUGAACCUCCUCGCACAACGUUACUGGAAUAGGCCAUUCGAUGACCUAAACGUGCCCUUCCCCGAUACCGAUCCUCUCAGCGGGCUCGCGAAAGCUGAUGUAGAAGGCGAAGACGAAAUCUGGAAGAUCAAGCUCGAUAGCUCCAGUGCUGCGUUGACGAAGCUCGGUGUUGGACGACUGGCCACCACGGUCGUCGCCAACGCACUACACGCACAGAUCGACCGCCUCAUUGCGAGCUCGAGAUUUGCUGCCCAUCCUUUCGCUCGCCAGGCCAUCACUGAUGCAUCGACCACCAUCCUCAAAGAUCUUUCAUAUGAUAUCUCAGAUGAGCUGGAGAUCUGCAUCAAACCAUACAAAUACCGCAUUGAGGUGGAAGACAGCGAGUGGGCUAGGGGUCGCGAAAAUGUCGCCCAUGUUCUCAAAGAUGAGCUCAAGGUCGUGGAGGCGGCUGUCAAGCAGCUUGAGGACCAGGUCGGCGGGCGCAAGAAAGUCAAGGAUGUCAUGUCCUUCAUCGACCGCGUGCGCGCGGGACAAGUCGUGCUUGAGGGCGAUGGUGUUGGAGGAGCUGGAGGAUUCAGCUCUGCACUUCUCGCAAAGGGCCGUGAAGCAGUCUUCCUCCGCGACCGCAUCGACGUGCUCAAAAUGCGCAUCCUCGCGGUAAAAAGCAAACAAUGCGCGACAAAGAAGAACAAAUACCACUGUCCCGAAGUCUUCCUCGACGCCGUAGCCGACAAACUCACCACCACCGCUGACCUCUUCCUCGACGCCGAACUACUCAGUAAAUACUUCUACCUCUUCCCCCGCGAACUAGACGCCCGUCUCGGCCGCAACCUCUCCCGCGAAGAAAUCGACCGCUUCGCAAAGGAAGACCCGAAAAUUAAACGUCACCUCGAUGUCGUGCGUCGCAAGGAUCUCCUCGAACACGUGCUCAAGGAAAUGGAGGGCCUCAGACAGCUUGAGCAGCGCGAGAAGAGGAUUAUGGGGCGUAGGGAGGAGAGGGGGCUUCGGGAUGUUAGGGGCGAGAGGAGGAAGGCGGGGUGGAGUAUAUUCUAG